CCGGUGCGGCAGCAACUGGGUGUAGGUCAGGAAAUUAUGGUGGGGCUGCUGUGCCGACCAUCAGUCCACAGUAGUCGAGUGUCUCGAGCGCAUCCGUCGCGAAAGCAUGGACUGUCCGUAUCAAAGAACAUUUCGUUUGUUUUGUUGAGAGCUAUAUAAAGUGAACUUUCUGUAGUGAUUUAAUUAUGAGAAGUUAAGGGUGAUUAUCAAGAGUAAAUACUACUUACUGGGAUUCCGAGCGUAUCAGUGUGAUUUAGUGGAAGAUAUUAUAAAGUUUUGCAAAGUGGUAGGCGGAAUUUAGCCCACCAUGGGGCUGCCUAACAUACAAAUCAUUUGGAUUUCGAUGGUUGUCGCAACGUCCAUACACAGCGUGCUGAGCGAGUGCCCAUGGGAAGGAUCACCAGAUUUACAAUCGGCUUGUAUUUGUGCAUAUAACUUAGCUAGAGAUCUAUCAGUUCAAUGUGAUCAGGUGGAUUUCUCAGCGCUUAUGUCUGCUCUUAAUUUAAGCGUAAAAAAUACGGCCAUCGAUCUUCUCUACGUCAACAACUCCUCGAUACCCAGCCUGACAGACAAUAUGUUCGUUAACUUAAAAAUUCACAACCUACAAAUAUCCGGUUGCAAAAUCAGAAAAAUAGAUGACGAUACGUUUAGAACACAGGGGCCUUACUUGAAAAACUUAAACUUACAAGACAACGAACUGACGCAAGUACCGGUGAAAGCGCUGAAAGUUUUGACGAGUUUAUCCCUUUUGGAUAUUUCUAAAAAUCGGAUCACGUACAUAGAAAACCACUCGUUCAUAACUCUACGUAAAUUGACUACUCUAAAAGUAUCAGAUAAUAACGUGACUUUAGCGACGCACGCUUUCACCGGAUUAGAGGCUUCAUUAAAAAAUUUAAAUCUGAAAGGAACGAAACAAAAACUUGUACCAAAUUGUAUAAGAGGACUGCGAAGCUUAGCAUUCCUAGACUUAUCCCAAAAUAGCAUUAGAGAAUUGCCGAAUGCUGAUGGCAGUCAAACGUUCGAAGGACUGGAUUCCUUAACGGCAUUGAAUUUGGAACGAAAUUUAAUAGUUAAUCUUGGUGAAGAUGCCUUUGUAGGCAUAAAGAAUACGUUAAGUUCAUUAAGUCUGUUAAACAAUCUCAUACCAGAAUUUCCAACAGCCGCUAUAGGAAGUCUUACUGAGCUACGCGUACUAGAUAUCGGAUUUAAUCUUUUAAACAAACUACCUGCUGAUGCAUUUUUGAAUAAUCCAGCUAUUACAUUACUGGCUUUAGAUGGAAAUCCUUUACCUACCGUACCAGAGAAAGCUUUCACUCAUUUAAAUCAAUCGCUUCGAGGUUUAAGUUUGGGAGGAAGAUUUUUGAAUUGCGACUGUCGCCUGCGCUGGAUUAUAGAGUGGAUAAGAAACGGCGAGCUACAAGUAACAUCUAGAGAAAGGAAUCCACAGUUCUGCGGAAGUCCUUCGAAUUUCAGAGAAAGAGGAUUUUACAGUUUCGAGCCAAACGAGCUUGUCUGUGAUUAUGAACCAACAGAAAUUUCAUACAAAUUAACUACAACUACUAAGCCUUUAAAUGAGCGAAAAACCACCCAAUUGACGACUAUUCGGUCAUCUACCUCUACGACUACUAUUCCAACUACCACGCCGACAACCAGCACAACGACCGAACGACCUCUACCAACAACGACGACAGCACCAACGACUCAUGAAAUGGCUUAUGAACCAGAUACACCUGUAAAAUCCACAACAACACAACACAGCACCAUUCGGCCAAAUCGGGUUCCGAAUAUACGCACUGCGUCUCCAGCAUGGCGGCAUCCGUCCAACCAAAAUCCACCGCUUGUAAUGAACUUCUCACAACAGAAAACUAAAGUCGACGACUCCAACGAAGUAAUCGUAAAGAAUGCCUACAGACAAGAUAAUUCUGUAAUUAUUCAAUGGGAUUCUGAUGUUGCUAAUAUUCUCGGUUUUCGAGUUGUUUAUAGAUUAUUUGGUGAUAAGAGUUUCAAACAAGGGCCGCCGUUGGAAGCAAGUGAACGAGAAUUUAAGAUAAAAAAUGUCCCGUCUCAGGAAUGCAUCGUCGUCUGCGUGAUCUCUUUAGAGGAGGUGCACGUCAGCCCUGAAACGGUCCCUUACGCUCAAUGUCGCGAAGUACGCACCGUUUCCGCUGCCGCCUCCAACAUGGACAAGAUUACGAUAGCUGCUAGCGCUGCUAUUUGUGGUACCAUCGUAGUCGCCGUAUUGAUAUUCGCCGCUGCGUCACGUCGAAGAUCACGCACAGUACAUCGCUUGCACGCUCAGAUACCUGAAAAACUGCCCAACGCCUGUUGUGGUGGCAUCACCGGAACACCGAGUCCCAGUGGACCUCUAUCUUCAUUAGCUACGCUCGGCGCAUUUGGAAAGCAGCGUGAGUGGGAUCAAGUGUCAGCCUAUAGCGCACGUUCGAUCCCUCGUGCACGCACUUAUACCGAACCGGCCCCCCCAGAUCCCUUACCCGGUCGACCAGGCCGAACACGCUCUCUAGCCGAAGGCCAAUCCCAACACAGCUACUCUCACUCUGGCAGAUACGGACCACCGGGUUAUCCCGGCAGCCUACUAGGAUCUAGAGCUGAUCUUCGACAGUCACGUCAGUCGUUGGGAGGAGCAUCAGAGAGAGCUUCUCGUCUAUCGUUAAGUGGCGCGGCAGGAGGCGCUACGGGCGGUACUGCAGGUUCCCGAAGAAGACCGAGGUCAAGGUCACGUCCGGCGAGUCGAUACAGCGUCGGAUCGUUAGGAAUGGGAUAUUGCGAUACAUCCGAUAAUUGGACAGAUCAUGAUAUGGACAUAUACAUGGCUCGAAAUCCGACAACACGCAGUGGACUGGUGCCAUUAUAGCGUGCGGGAGUGACGGUGCGGGGAACAAUGACAUCACGCGAGAGUUACUCGUCCUCGUGGAAAACAACAAAAGAGCGUACUUCGUGGUGUGCUCAUGAGAAGCGAAAGCACCUUCGCAAGGUACAUCAUUCUCGCCGUCACCGACACAAUCAUGGAAAAAAUUGCGUACACGGACGAAAAUACAAGAUGUUAUUUGACUCUUAUGCCGAUUUGGUUAAAUAUUAAAUUUUACCAGUUAGAAUAAGCUAAUUACUAGUGGUAGAGUGUAUUGUAAGCACUCAGUUAAACUUGUAGGUACCACCGUCCUGCCUAUUUCUGCCGCUAAGCAAUUUUAUAUACUUUGCAAUUUAAAAGGUAAAAUAGGAAUUUUGAAUAUAUUUCCGUCAUGUAAGAUAUCGAAUUUCAAUACUUAUUUCAGUAUAGUUUGAUAACCUACAAGAUUUGCCAAUUGUUUUAAUAUUUUACCAUACUAGUUACAACAAAUUAUGGUAUUGUAGCUUUAUGAUAAACUUAAUUUUACCAACUAAAUUGAUUACAAAAUACUAGUUAAAAUAGGGCAUUGCCUUAUACCAAUGAUACCAAUGAUAACAGAUCCAUAUAAAAAGAAUGUGAAUGAUAAAAAAUAAUAGUCAACGUUCACUCAGAGUUCUAUUGACUUUAGAGAAUAUUUUCAAUAAUAGUUCUACUUCUCAGAGGUAUUAAUUUUUCGACACCGUAUACGUAUAGUAAGCUAAAACCACAGACUCUUCACAAGAGAAAUAUUUUACGAGAUGUUGCCAGCAUCGACAUGAAUCAAAUGUUAAUGAUAUAAGUGGUCAGAUUUAGCACUUACCGUUUUGUAACGCCUACAAAAAGUACGGUACAUAAAUAAGUAAUACUAAAUAAAUAAAUAAAAAUCUCAUCCAAAUAAUAGACAUUGAGAUAUACUAUAAUUACUUAAUCAAUUAAUUAUCAAAUCUAUAUAUUAGUAUAUUUCUAUCUAUUUAUAACUAUUAUAAUAACGUUAUAAAAGAGUCUUCUAUAAGAUGUCUACACUUUCAAUAUAUUAUUAUGAACUUUGAAGAUAUUCCUUACAAAAACCAAACAAAAAUCUAUACUUUUUAGAUGACCUGACCCUAAGGUCUUAUUUUAAUAACAGGGAUUUAUGUCAAUCAAUAUAAACAAAAUAAAAAAAUAGUAUAAAAAAUAAGGUAUUUUGCGGUUUCUACAAUAAGAUUGUUUUAGACAUAUUCAUUUGAAUACUGUCGGAAUAUAUACAAAAAAGGAUUUUCUAUGAUUGUUGCAUCAAAAAAUGCAAAUAAAAAAAAACAGUAAGCUCGCUUUGCACAAAAAGUGUCGAUUUGGUUCGAGCGAAAUGAACGAGUCGAUAUCAAACCAGUUAAUAUAAGUACGUAUAGGUUAUCCGUUAUAGGAUUGUAAAUAUUUAUUUAGUAAUAAAAGUAUUUUAGUUAAGAGAUAUAUUUAUAACCAAAAUAAAAGAGCGCACAAUCCAAAUGGUGCUAUCUGAACAGUUACAGCUGCUAUAUCUUAUGUAAUUUCAUUUGGGUCAUUCUAUUGUCCAUUAAUGUUUAACUUGGCAAAUUUGUAGUAAGCAUGUAGAUUUGAAAAAAUUGAAUGACAAUAAAUUUUAAUGGUUAA